AACUCACUAAUCAAAGUAAAGUACUCCAAGUAAUUAUUUUUAGCGUGUGAAAAAUGAUUCGAAAAAAUGGUGUUGUGCCAUUCCUAGUUGCACUUUUUGUCCUAGUUUGUACUGCUGAGGGUCGUAACUUGCUGGAGAGUAUUGUUGAAGAUGAUAAUCCGACUGGAACUAAAUGGGCUGUGUUGGUAGCUGGAUCAAAUGAGUGGGAUAAUUACAGACACCAGGCGGAUGUAUGUCAUGCAUAUCAACUACUGAAGAAAGGAGGUCUAAAAGAUGAAAACAUCAUCGUAUUCAUGUACGACGAUAUUGCUUAUAAUAAAAACAACCCCAGACCUGGAAUUAUCAUCAAUAGCCCCCACGGCCAUGAUGUUUAUAAAGGAGUACCCAAGGAUUACACAGGAAAAGAUUGUAAUGCUGACAAUUUUUUCGCUGUUAUCCUUGGAAAUAAGAGUGCUCUCACUGGGGGCAGUGGGAAGGUUGUGGAAAAUGGUCCAAAUGAUUAUAUCUUUAUCUACUACGCUGAUCAUGGUGCUCCUGGCCUUAUUGGUAUGCCUAGUGGAGAUGUUGUCUAUGCCGACGAUCUGAACAGAGUCCUGAUUAAAAAACACACUUUUGGAACAUAUUCAAAAUUGGUAUUUUACAUGGAAGCUUGUGAAUCUGGAAGUAUGUUUGAUGGUUUACUCCCGAAAGGUUUAAACAUAUACGUAACAGCAGCAUCAAAGCCUGAUGAGAGCAGUUGGGCUACCUACUGUAUUCGUUUAGGUGAUGAAGAUCAAUGCUUAGGAGACUUGUACAGUGUUUCUUGGUUGGAGGAUAGUGAUUUGCACGAUCGGCAAGUUGAAACUUUGGAGAAGCAGUAUCAGCUGGUUCGUAAGAGAACUCUAAACAAUGGUACAGAAGAAGGCUCCCAUGUCAUGCAAUAUGGUGAUUUACAUAUUAGUGAGGAUCCUCUUUUCAGAUAUAUGGGUUCUAAUUCUGCAAAAAAUAGUUAUAAUACUUCUAACAACGACGAGUCAUGGCUACCCUCAAGGACUGUUAACCAGCGCGAUGUUCAUCUCAUGCAUUUAUGGUCUAAGUUCCGGUCUGCGCCUGAAGGCUCUGCUAGAAAAGCUGAAGCUCAUCGGCAACUAAGUGAAGCCUUAUCACAGAGAGAAGAUGUAGAUAACAGUGUGAGACAUAUUGGAGAAGUUCUGUUUGGAGUUGAGAAAAGUCACAAGUUGCUGAACACUGUUCGACCUGCUGGACAACCCCUUGUUGAUGAUUGGGACUGCCUUAAAUCCUUUGUCAAGAUAUUUGAGUCACAAUGUGGAACGUUAACUCCCUACGGAAGGAAACACGUUCGUGGCUUUGCUAACUUGUGCAAUGCUGGAAUUCGAAGGGAGCAAAUGGCUGCAGCAGCUAAACAAGCAUGUCCUCCUUAAUUAGGGAAUUACUUAAUUACUGAUGUAUUAUUAAGCAGCUUAAUAAUGUUAUGAACAAGCUAUAAGUCAUGGUUUGCUUCUCUGCUACAAUUAUAUAAUGAUUGUCGCUUCAUGGGAAUAUACAUAUAGCUCAUCUUAUAUGAAAAUUUGUAGCUUAAUUAUGAAAUGCUAUGAAAUUAUACGUAUUUGGUUGAGAAUUU